AUGAAAAGCGUGAAGUUCAGAGAUAAUUUCGUAAAACUAACUGAAGAAGGACCUAGAAAUGCAACUACUACAAAUUUUUAUGGUAGCUAUUUUUUAUCAGACAAAGAAAAUUUUUUUGAUUUGGAUGAAUUUGAAAAGAGACUAGAAAUGAAAAUACUCGAGAAAGAAGAAAACAUAUUAAUUAUUGAAAUAAAAAAUUUAAAUGUGUCUAUUGCUAAUGCUUUAAGAAGAAUAAUGCUGUCAGAAGUACCUACGGUUGCAAUUGAAAAAGUUAAUAUAUAUCAAAAUACAGGUAUAAUAGCAGAUGAAAUAUUAAGCCAUCGAUUAGGAUUAAUACCAUUUAAAUUUGAUGCAGAUUUAAUAAAUUUUAAAGAAGAACAUGAGAAAUAUAAUUAUUUAAAUUGUUUCUGUUUUAAAUUGCAUGUAAAAUAUACUAAAAGGAUGGGUAAUAAUGAACCUUUUCAGAGUAUUUAUUCAAAAGAUUUAAAAUGGUGUCCACUUAAUGAAGAACAAAAAAAUAAAUUUCAAAAAAAUUAUCCAAAAGUUGUUGAUGAUAAUAUAUUAAUAACUAAGUUAAGUACUGGUCAAGAAAUUGAGCUUUUAUGUUUUUUAGAAAAAGGAAUUGGCAAAACACAUGCUAAAUGGUCUCCUGUAUGUACAGCUGUAUAUAAGAUGUAUCCUACCUUCACAUUUGACACAAUAGAAAAAUUAACUCAAGAUGAAAAAAAGGAUUUAGUAAAUAUAUGUCCAAAAAACGUUUUUGAUAUUGAGGAUAGUCAAAACUUGGUUGUUAAAACUCCUCUGAGCUGUUCUUCUUGUAGAGUUUGUAUUGAAAAAUACCCAAAGAAAGUCUCAUUUGAAAAAGUAAAAAAUCAUUUUGUCUUUACCAUCGAGUCUACUGGAUGCUUUCCUUCUGUUGACAUCUUUAGGAAAGCUUUGCUUAUUUUGAGGUACAAGGCACUGGGUGUUAAGGAAGUUUUGGAGGAGCAGACAAAUGCCUAA